AUGGGGUUGGGGCUGAAGGGGGGUGGGGUUUGGUGGUUCCUCCUGCUCGCCGGGGUGCUGCUGGCCGUGGCGGCGACGGCCGGCGCGGAGGAGGAUGGAGCCACCGCGGUGGUGGAGGCCGACCGGGACCCGAAGGAGGAGCUGCGGUGGUGCAAGAAGGAGUGCCAGUGGGAGGCGGGGCAGGACGAACGGCGGCGGAGGGAGUGCGAGCGCCAGUGCCGCCAGCAGCACCGCCAAGGUGAGGAGGAGGAGGAGGAGGAGUACGGCGGAAUGGACACGUACAGCGCCGGGAGAGGCGAGUGCCACCGCCAGUGCCUGCGCCGCCACCGCGAGGAGCCGUGGCGGAUUCAGGAGUGCAUGAGCCGGUGCGAGCGCUGCGACGAGGAGGAGGAGUACGAGGGCGGCCGCGGCCACGGCGGCGGCGGCGGUGGCGGUCACACGGGGGAGUGCCGGGAGAGGUGCGAGCGCCGCCACCGCGGGGACUGGUGGGAGAAGCAGCGCUGCCUGAUGGAGUGCCAGCGCCGGCAACAGGAGGGUGAGAGCGGGCGACGCGACGGCGACGCCGAGGAGGACAGCGGCCGCUGCCAGAAGCAGUGUCAGCACCAUCGUGACUGGCAAAAGAAGCAGCAAUGCCUGCAACGGUGCAAGCGCCACCAACAAGAGGAGGGCGGCAGCCGCGAUACCCUCGAUGAGGACAACCAUCACGACCGUUGCCAGAGGCAGUGCCAGCACCACCACGACUGGCAGAAGAAGCAGCAGUGUGUGCAACGGUGCGAGCGCCACCAACAGGAGGAGGGCGGCAGCCGCGAUACCCUCGAUGAGGACAACCACCACGACCGCUGUCAAAGGCAGUGCCAACACCACCGCGAUUGGCAGAAGAAGCAGCAGUGCGUGCAACGGUGCGAGCGCCACCAACAGGAGGAGGGCGGUCGCCGUGAUACCGUCGAUGAGGAUAACCACCACGACCGCUGCCAGAGGCAGUGCCAGCGCCACCGUGACUGGCAGAAGAAGCAGCAGUGCGUGCAGCGGUGCGAGCGCCACCAACAGGAGGAGGGCGGCAGCCGCGAUGCCGUCGAUGAGGAUAACCACCACGACCACGAUCGCUGCCAGAGGCAGUGCCAACACCACCGCGACUGGCAGAAGAAGCAGCAAUGCGUGCAACAGUGCGAGAAGGGUGACGACGACGAGCGCCCCCACGGCUGGGAGACGGUGGCCGGAGCCAUCCUCGAGGUGGUGUGA